AUGGAACAAAAGAGAAAAUCACACCCUGAUCGCUCUUUGCUGAUAUUUGAUUCUGCUCUUUGCCACGUAACUGAUGAAGUGAAACAAUUUUGUCAACAAUAUAGCAAAAUUGCCGUAAUACCAGGAGGAUUGACUAAAAUAUUGCAACCCUUAGACGUCGGCAUCAACAAACCGUUUAAAGACCACUUGAAAGCUGGCUGGGAAAAAUGGAUGAGAGAUGAAGCCAAAGCAACUUACACAAAAAGUGGAAUUAGCGAAAGUUUCCAAUCCAUUUCAUCUGAUGUUAUUCAACAUAGCUUUGAAAAAGCAUUGUGUGAUUUGGAAAAUCUCAAAAACGAUUCUUGCCAUGAUGAAUAUAAACGAUGA